GGAGAAAGAGAGGAGGGGAGGGGGUGGAGCUGGUGGUGGGUUACAGUUCUGGAAUGUGCGCGCGCUCCCGACUCUCUCUGUUCUCGUCGGCCGCGCCGCGCAGCACAGACAGACUCUCGUGCGCGCGCAGCCCGCGACAGGUCUGGAAGUGCAAGGAGGAGGCAGGAAAACGCUGUUGGAGCGGGGAAUGAUGGCGGUGAGGAAGAAGAAGGCACAAGUUUAAUGCUGUAAAACGGGGACAUUGUGGGCCAACUUUCGGCGUCUAACACGAUGCAGCGAGUAGGAGAUGACUUCGCUGAGAGUGUUUAGUUAAGACCACUGUACUACAAAGAAGCUCCGCCGGACCCAUGGCACCACUUGCGUAAAGCUAUAGUUCACCAACAAAACAACAACAGGCUCUCCAAAACCGGCUUUUCUAAUUGGGCUGCAAUCACAAACAAAAGGCAAACAUGAUCAAAGCGGAAAGCAAAGGAGGCGAGAGGACCCUGAGGAGCGCUUCCCCUCACAGAAAUGCAUACAAGUCUGACUUCCACACCAUUAAGUGUACUUUUGAUGGGUCGAAAUCCGAAGGCGACACCAAAUCAUAUGUAAAUGGCUCCAGUGACAACCGGGAGGACUCAAGAGGAAGGCCUUUUGGCAACAGAGUGAACAAGAUAAAGAACAUCUUCCUACAGAUGGAUGGUCAGCAACAGGAGUGCCAAGAGGUGAAAGUGACUCCUAAGCCUGAUGUGGCCCUGGUGGCCCCGGUGUCCCCAGUGGCCCCUGUGUCCCCACCAAAGCUGCAACUUCCAGUCAGCCCUCCUCGAGCUAACCUCAACAGUGCCACAAGCCCAGAAUCACAACAUUUAGAUAAAACACCCAAGGGGGAAGAUGUUGAGAUUGACAAAGUGGCUUUGGCAGAGAAGUUUUCUUCGACCAGAAAACUCUUUGAAAGGGGCAUCAAAGAGCAGCCUGCAGCAGAAAAGCAGUCACCAAGCAGGGUAGUAAAUCGCUUGUCCCUUGGAAGUGCCUCUGAUGAAGGGAAAAGCACAAGGAGAGUAUCAGGAUCGUCUGAGAUCAUUAUAAAAUCAGAGCAAACGCCAACAUCAACAGAUAAAUGUCAACUGGAGGGGAAAGUCAAUGGUGAGAAAAAGCAUGUAUCUAGAGUAUCAUUGAAUGCAGGACCCAUAUCCAAAAAGUUGGACAAUUACAUGGUAGAGAAUGACUUGGAUGAGACAAACACAGCUGCUAAACAACACAGUACCACUGAACACUUACUGUCUUCAUCUCCAACAAGAGACAACUCACAGAAAUCUACUUCAACUGUUAAAGAUGCCACUAACUCUACCCAUGUGACUGUUGCCACUAACAACAAUACAUCCCAGACGACGUGUGUCACAAACAAAUCAACGGUUUUGGGGUCAAGCAUGAAGCCAACCAGCCCAACUACUAAUGCAGCAUACAAAACAAAUUCUCCAACAACUGAUGCCACUCACAAACCCCUCUCACCAGAGCAAACAACCCCAGUUAGCCAUGGCUUCAAACGCUCCUCAUCAUCCAGUGAUGGAUUCAGUAGGACAUCUGUUGGUGGGGAUGAAGGCAAGCCACAUAGUUCGCCCCCAGGGGAUGUUAAGCAACCUUCUCCAUCAGCUGCUGGGUUUCAGAACACCAACAGGGUUAAAUACCCUGAAAAAGCCAGAAGUAAUGACACUGUGGUAGAUAGUCCUGCCAGAGACAAGCCAUCCAGCCAGACCUCAGCCCUGGACUCCAGAGGGGUGGGGGUGGUACGGGCAGAACUGGUAGUAGUUCAGAAUGAGUCUUCAGAGAGUGAGGAGAAUGACGAUGAGAACGUUGAAGAUAAUGUAUUUGAGGAACAGAAGGGGAAAAGCCCCAAAGACAACCUUCUAACAGACAUGAAAAGAACAUCUCCACCAGAAAAACAGAACUGUAAAACUGCACGUGUCUUAGCGAGAGAAGUCUCUAAAGAGACACAAAGGAUAGAAGAGACUGUGGGUGAAGGAAGAGUCUUGGAGGACAGUGGGGCAAAAGGGUUGAAAAGGGAUAGACAGGAAGAAGAAGAAGAUGAUGAUGAUGAUGAUAAUCGAGAGGAAGAUGAGGAGGUCGCAGAGGAGGAGGGUGAGCUGGAGGAGCAGGUGGGCCAGAGCAUCCUGGAUAGAGCCUCACCAGUAGUGUACGGUAUUGAGAAUGCAGCAUUUGUGGAUGACAGAGAUGUAGACCAGGUCCUCAGGGAAGAAGAAGAGGAGGAGGAGGAUCAAAUGUAUGGGGAUUAUGACGACUGUUACGAGAUGAUGGGUCUGUCGGAUGAGGAGGAGCCUCCCCCAAAGAGGAAAAUCAACUUCUCUACAGACCCCAUUCAGGUCUUCAGUACCUUUUCCAACGAGGAUUAUGACCGGCGGAACGAUGAUGUGGAUCCAGUCGCAGCGUCUGCGGAGUACGAGCUGGAGAAGAGAGUGGAGAAGAUGGAUGUGUUCCCUGUGGAGAUUGAGAAAGGAGACAAUGGACUUGGCAUCAGUAUCAUAGGAAUGGGAGUAGGAGCUGACCAGGGUCUGGAGAAGCUGGGCAUUUUUGUGAAAACCAUAACAGAGAACGGAGCCGCUGAACAUGAUGGACGCAUACAGGUGAAUGACCAGAUAGUGGAGGUGGAUGGGACCAGUCUGGUGGGCGUCACACAACUGUUUGCUGCAACUGUCCUGAAGAACACCAAAGGCACAGUGAGGUUCCUGAUUGGACGGGAGAAGCCAGGAGCGCAAAGCGAGGUAGCCCGCCUUAUAAGUGAGACACUAGAGCAGGAGAAGCACCAGGAGCAGGAGCAACAUCACCUGGACGACCCGUAUGAACACUCUACAGAGGAAGAGGAGCCCUAUGAGGAGGAGGAGGACGGAGUGGAGGAGAGGAUUUUGUGCUCCAGUUUCUCCCCAACAGAGAACGCAGAGCUGUAUGAGCUGCCUGAUUCAGAGGCUCUGUUUCUGCCAAGCAACAUGGACAGCUCUCAGAUGGUCUUCAAGUUCAAAGAGCUGCAGCUCAAACACGGCAUUGUUGCAGCCGAAAUAAAUCAACUAAAGGAGAAGCUAAGGUUAUCUGGGGAGGACAGAUCCUUGUGGGAAGCCAGGGAGUCUGCACUGGAGCUAAAGAUGGAGGAAAGCAACAACAACACCCAGAAGUUUGAGACUUACUGGCUGGAAGCCCAGAGUCUUUGUAAAGUCGUAAAUGAACAAUUAGCUGAGACCCAGGCCCAGCAGGAGACUCUGGACAAGAAGUACAACAAGGCCAAGAAACUGCUCAAGGACUACCAGCAGAAAGAGAUAGACUUUGUGAAGAAAGAGGAGGAGCUGAAAAAAGUUCUAGAUGAAAAAGACAAGUGCUACAAGGAUCAGCUGGGGAGCUUACAGAACAGGAUAGCUCUCCUGGAGUCCGGCGCAGGCGUGGAGCGUCACAGUGGUCCGGGGUCAGGAGCAGACGAGAGAUUGAUCGGCCCAGACCCCGUCACCAGCACACAGUCUGUUGACUCAAUACCAGAACAAGACUGGAGCGAGUGUGUUCCUGAGACUGAGCGCUUGGACACCAGUGCUCACAGAGCUAAGGGCCUGCUGGCUCAGAAGGCCAAACGUCAGCUGCCGUCUCGCAGCAAACUGAAGGAGAGCCUGGCAGGGGCUUCAGGUCACGCUCAGGACUCUGAAGAAGAUGAGGAUCAGGAGGAGCAGGAGUCCCCCAGGAGGAGGAGGUCCAUCCAGGAGAGCCUGUCCCUCCCCGUGCCUGUCUGCUAUCCUGGGAAUGGACAGAAAGGGGAUCCAGGAGAAAGAAGAGAUGGCUCCAGGAGUAAGGCUGAGCUCUCACAGGGAGAGAGUGCUGAGAGCAGCGGGAGUCCUUCUUUGUGUUCUCCAAAAGACAUCUCGUCCCCGCACUCCCCCUCUGGAUUAAUGCGGAAUGUUAAGAAAAGGGAACCGAAAGGGAAAAACAAAGACUCCAAAGAGGAUCUAAAUGAGGUCUCCUCAGCAGGGAAACCUAAAAGGAGAUUUCCAGACUUUGGAGGCCUCCGGAAGUCGGGAGGCAAAGGGAAAAAACACGACAAGGAGGCGAUGAGAGUGUCUUUGGACAGCAGGGGAUCAGCAGAGAUCCUGGAGGAGUCUGGAGGAAACCUUUCUCCUGCAGACUCCAUGACGUCCAUCCCCACCUGCAUGCCCUUCUCCUGGUUUGGAGACAAAGACAGAGACAGAGAGCCCUCGUCCUCCAGCAGCAGUCUGCCGUACGCUGCCACCGAGACCAGCAGCGAGCAGAGCCAGGACCGCAAGAACAAGACAAAUCUCUCCUGGUCCUCUUUAUUCAGUCGCUCAUUAGAUUUGAGUUUUUCAGUCAUAGAUGAUUCUAGCGCUGCCAGUCCCAGUACAGAGCUCUCUGGGUUAGUCGCUGAACCCAAUCUGUCUGGGCGCUCACACACUUUAAUCUUCUCUUCCAGCGAGACUCUGGAUGAUGAACCAAUAACUACAGGGAAAGAGUAUCAGUGGCAGAACCGGCCCGUCUCUGAAUGGACCAAUCAGCAGGUCUGUCACUGGCUGAUGGGCAUGAAUAUGGACCAAUACACUCCUGAGUUCACAGCGAAGGGCGUGGACGGCCAGCAGCUCCUGAACCUGGACAGUGACAGGUUGAAGGCACUCGGUGUGUCGAGUCAGAGCGACCGUUCGAAUAUGAAGAAGAAGCUGAAGGACAUGCGCAAGGCCCAGGAGAAGAUGGAGAAACAGAAAGAGAAGAAAGAGAAGGAGGUGCGGCGCAGCGGGAAACUUCCAGUCAGUCCGGACUCUUUCUGCUGAGCCAGCAGAUCUGUUCUCUGAAUGAUGCAGCUCAUAAAGUUCCUCUCUACCCUGAGCAGCCCUCUUUAUUCUCCUGGUGCCGUGAUGUUCCUCCAACAGAACACCUGCAGGAGUGUAACCUGUCCCACUGAGAGACACGUCACUCUUCCUGUUCCUCCCCCAUAACACACACAAACCAUUCUGACUGAAAGAUGGGGAAUGUCAAAAAACCUGGGUAUGUGACCAAAAGACGAUCCUAACAUUUGUUACCACUAAAAAGCUAGAGGCUCUAAUGUAGUUGUUGAGAUCACGCACACAUUUACCAAUGGAAGUCAAAUGUAUACUGCUUUUUCAGCAUUUUAUAUUUUUGCUAGUAUAACUCACCUGUUUCCAUGUACUCUGCUGCAGGAACGGAUAUUGUACAGUACAGAUAAAAGCACUAUAUUUGUCUUUUAAGCUUCAAUGAGCGACAAGGUUUUAAAUGUAUAAAAAAGUUUUAUACAUGUGCUUAUUAACUGCAUAUCUUUUUUUUUACUUUACCAUACCAUUGUACAUUUUUCUACUAAGUAGAAUAGCUGUGGUUUUUGCUGAAUGAAAAGCAGCAAACAGAUCAGAUGUGGCCGAGGGGAGUUCUGCUUCUGUCCCCUGUGUGUGGAGGAUGGUACCACGGUGCUCUGAGUAAACACACACAGCAUGCAGGUCUGCUACACACACACACACACAGCGCCGCUCCAUCAGGCGGCAGGUGUGUCUACGACAAGGACUUUUGUGAGUCCAGAACUGCUUCUUUUCUUCUUCUCGUGCAUGACUCCAUGUUCUGUAUGCAAUACGACAUGUUGGACUACAAGAAAAUCGUGUUUUCCACAUCUUCUAAAUCAGAGAAAUACUUGGUACAUACAGCAUCAAUAAACUAAUUUUCACUUUA